AUGGGAAAGAGGAACCACUCCUCUCACUCCCACACAGAAUUCAUCAUCAUGGGCUUCCCAGGACCCCUGGAGCACCAGGUGCUGCUCUUUGUGCUGUUCCUGUUCAUAUAUUUGGUUAUUCUGAUGGAGAAUGUGCUCUUGAUAAUGACCAUCAGGUUGAACUACCAUUUACACACCCCAAUGUACUUCUUCCUGGGCAGCCUCUCCCUCUUAGAAAUCCUCUAUGUGUCAGUGACAAUUCCCAAGUUGCUCUCCAACUUCUUGCUGGGGGACAAGGCCAUUUCUCUCUGGGGCUGCAUGCUUCAGCUAUUUUUUUUCUUGUCUCUUGGUUCUUCCGAGUGCUUUCUCCUGGCUGCCAUGGCCUACGACCGCUAUUUAGCCAUCUGCCACCCUCUACAAUAUUCAGGCCUUAUGAAUCCCAGAGUCUGUGUGGUUCUUAUUCUGGCUUCCUGGCUCAGUGGCUUCCUGGCUUCAUUCCCAUCUGUUGUGAUGAUUUCCAAGCUGAAUUUCUGUGGUUCUAACACCAUAGGACAUUUCUUCUGUGACAUCUCACCAAUUUUGAAGCUGUCAUGCACAGACACCUCCACCGUUGAGAUAUUAGACUUCAUGGCAGCUCUGUCUGUCCUUAUGCCAUCCCUGCUGGUGACUGGAAGCUCCUAUAUCUGUCUCUUCACCACAGUGGCCAAGAUCCCAUCUACUGCUGGGAAGCAGAAAGCAUUUUCUACCUGUGUUUCCCACUUAGUGGCCGUCUCCAUGUUCUACGCCACCACCAUAUUCAUGUAUGUCCGGCCCAGGGCCAUUGGCACCUUUGACCUCAACAAACUGGUGUCCGUAGUCUACACAGUAGUGUCUCCAUUGCUAAAUCCCAUUAUCUACAGUUUGAGGAACAGGGAAGUAAGGGAGACCCUGAGAAGAGCAUUAAAUAACAAAGCUACCUCCUCAAUCUUUUGUAUUAAAGUUUGA